AUGGCUACUAGUCAAGAACUCAACAUCGAGAUCUUAACCCCUCGUAUCGGUGCUAUAAUCCAUAACUUGGAUUUAUCACAACCAUUGACUAAGGAUCAAAAACAUGCGUUAGAAGAAGCACUCUAUAAAUAUCAUGUGCUCUUCUUUCGUAAUCAAAAUUUAACAUCUAAACAACAAAGUGAUGUUGCCCGUCUAUUUGGUGAUCCACAUGUACACCCAGUUUUUUCGCAUACGGCAGAGUGUCCGGAAGUAAGUGUCUUGGAAUUUGGUGUAGAUGUCGAUCCGGAUAAAAAACCAGAUUCUGAUAUCUGGCAUACUGAUGUUACAUGGUCAAAGAAUCCACCAAUUAUUGGUAUGCUCUAUGCAAAAAUUAUACCAAAACAAGGUGGUGGUGAUACACUAUGGGCAAAUACGGUUGAAAUUUAUAAACAAGAAUUAUCAAAUGAAAUGAAAGAAUUUCUCGGUAAAUUAACAGCUGAACAUUCAUUUGCAUACGCAUUUCAACCUUUGAUUAAACCUAAUUCUGCCGCUAUGGCACAAUUUAUGAAAACUAAAGAAGCGAAUCCACCAGUCACUCAUCCGGUUAUUCGUGAACAUCCACAUACCAAAGAAAAAUGCCUAUAUGUUAAUAGGACUUAUACCACGAAGAUCAAUGAAUUAAAUGAACACGAAAGUAAUUUACUAUUACAAUAUUUAUUUUCAUUAAUUAAUAAAAAACCAGAAUUCACAUGUCGAUGGAAAUGGAAUGAAAAUGAUGUUUGUUUAUGGGAUGAACGGACAACACAACAUUAUGCAACAGCUGAUUAUUGGCCACAACAUCGAAGAAUGCAUCGAUGUGUAAUAAUGGAAAGGAAAGAUAAAAGCUAG